AUGACAACUCUUGUUCCAGCAACCCUCUCCUUCCUUCUCCUCUGGACCCUGCCAGGGCAGGUCCUCCUCAGGGUGGCCUUGGCAAAAGAAGAAGUCAAAUCUGGGACCAAGGUGUCCCAGCCCAUGCCCCCCUCUGAUUUCCUGGACAAGCUUAUGGGGCGAACAUCUGGAUAUGAUGCCAGGAUUCGGCCCAAUUUUAAAGGCCCACCUGUGAACGUGACCUGCAACAUCUUCAUCAACAGUUUCAGCUCCAUCACCGAGAUUACCAUGGACUACCGGGUGAACGUCUUCUUGCGGCAGCAGUGGAACGACCCACGCCUGGCCUACCGAGAAUAUCCUGAUGACUCGCUGGACCUCGAUCCCUCCAUGCUGGACUCGAUUUGGAAGCCAGACCUGUUCUUUGCCAAUGAGAAAGGGGCCAAUUUCCACGAGGUGACCACAGACAACAAGUUGCUGCGCAUCUUCAAGAAUGGAAACGUGCUCUACAGCAUCAGGCUGACUCUCGUUUUAUCCUGCCCAAUGGACCUGAAGAACUUCCCCAUGGAUAUCCAAACCUGCACGAUGCAGCUGGAGAGCUUUGGCUACACCAUGAAUGACCUCGUGUUUGAGUGGCUGGAAGAUGCUCCUGCUGUCCAAGUGGCUGAGGGGUUGACUCUGCCCCAGUUUAUCUUGCGGGAUGAGAAGGAUCUAGGUUAUUGUACCAAGCGCUACAACACAGGGAAAUUCACCUGCAUCGAGGUAAAGUUUCACCUGGAACGACAGAUGGGCUACUAUCUGAUUCAGAUGUAUAUCCCCAGCCUACUCAUCGUCAUCCUGUCCUGGGUCUCCUUCUGGAUCAACAUGGAUGCUGCCCCUGCCCGGGUGGGCCUAGGCAUCACCACUGUGCUCACCAUGACAACUCAGAGCUCUGGCUCCCGGGCCUCUUUGCCUAAGGUGUCCUACGUGAAGGCAAUCGACAUCUGGAUGGCUGUGUGCCUCCUCUUUGUGUUCGCUGCCCUGCUGGAGUACGCUGCUGUCAAUUUUGUCUCCCGUCAGCAUAAGGAAUUCAUGCGACUUCGAAGAAGGCAGAGACGCCAACGCAUGGAGGAAGAUAUCACCCGAGAAAGUCGCCUUUAUUUCCGUGGCUAUGGCCUGGGCCACUGCCUGCAGCCAAGGGAUGGAGGUCCAAUGGAAGGUUCUGGCAUUUAUAGCCCCCAACCUCCAGCCCCUCUUCUAAGGGAAGGAGAAAACAUGCGGAAACUCUACGUGGACCAGGCCAAGAGGAUUGACACCAUCUCCCGGGCUGUCUUCCCUUUCACUUUCCUCAUCUUCAAUAUCUUCUACUGGGUUGUCUAUAAAGUGCUACGGUCAGAAGAUAUCCACCAGGCACUGUGA